UUCUUCACCAUUUCUUACAGUCUCAAGUGGAAAGCUUAAGCCGCCCUUCCGCCUAUACUCUGUCGUCCGCCAUUCACGAACUCUGUACUCCGGCCGAAGCUUCGCCCUUCCGCCAUUGAAGUACGGUCUCAAGAAGCUCUGUCUAAUGUCAUCAGAAACUGUUUCGCCGGCCAUGGAGUCUUUGGUUCUGCAACUCCAUGAAAUCUCUGCUGUUAAGUUCGGCAACUUCAAGCUCAAGUCCGGUAUAUACUCUCCUAUUUACAUUGAUCUUCGUGUUAUUGUCUCAUAUCCUUCACUUCUCAGCCAAAUCUCCAAAACCCUAAUCUCUUCUCUUCCGCCGUCUACCUCCUACGACCUCGUUUGUGGUGUUCCUUACACUGCCCUUCCUAUUGCGACUUGCAUCUCCGUUAGUGACAAUGUUCCGAUGGUUAUGCGUCGGAAGGAGAUUAAGGAUUACGGGACGGCGAAAGCUAUUGAGGGCCAUUAUGAAGCGGAUCAAAUAUGUUUGAUUAUUGAGGAUUUGGUGACGAGCGGUGCGUCGGUUUUGGAAACUGCUGCGCCGCUGCGGGCGGCGGGGUUGAAGGUGAGUGAUGCGGUUGUGUUGCUUGAUAGAGAACAGGGCGGGCGGGAGAAUUUGGAGGAGAAUGGGAUUAAAUUGCAUUCGAUGAUUAAGUUGAGUGAGAUGGUGAGGAUUUUGAAGGAGAAGGGGAAGGUUGGAGAAGAAAUGGAAGGGGUGGUCGCAAGAUUCUUGGAGGAGAAUCGGAAGGUUGCGGUGCCGAAAGUGGAGAAGCCUGUUAGAGUUAAGGCCAUUUCCUUUCCGGAAAGAGCGAAGUUGGCGAAGAAUCCGAUGGGGAAGAGGCUGUUCGAGGUGAUGGUCGAGAAGGAAAGCAACUUGUGCGUAGCGGCUGAUGUUGGCACCGCCUCGGAGCUGCUUGAUAUCGCCGAGAAAGUUGGACCAGAGAUCUGCUUACUGAAAACUCAUGUGGAUAUACUGCCAGAUUUCACUCCCGACUUCGGUUCCAAACUUCGCUCGAUUGCUGAGAAACACAACUUCUUAAUCUUUGAAGAUCGCAAGUUUGCAGACAUUGGAAAUACAGUAACAAUGCAGUAUGAAGGGGGUAUUUUUCAUAUAUUAGACUGGGCAGAUAUAAUCAAUGCUCACAUUAUCUCUGGUCCUGGAAUUGUAGAUGGAUUGAAAUUAAAGGGGUUGCCUCGAGGUCGGGGUCUUUUACUGUUGGCUGAAAUGAGCUCAGCUGGAAAUCUUGCCACCGGAGAUUACACGUCUGCAGCAGUUAAAAUUGCAGAAGAACAUUCUGACUUCGUAAUCGGUUUCAUAUCGGUUAAUCCAGCAUCCUGGCCAGGUGCGCCUGGAAAUCCAACAUUCAUUCAUGCUACACCCGGAGUCCAAAUGGUCAAGGGUGGUGACAAUCUUGGACAGCAAUACAAUACCCCAUACUCUGUUGUCUAUGAUAGAGGAAGUGAUAUCAUAAUAGUGGGGCGUGGGAUAAUAAAGGCACCUAAUCCCGCCGAUGCAGCUCGAGAGUAUCGUCUACAAGGAUGGGAUGCGUAUUUGGCUAAGACCACCUAGAACAAUUAUUCACUUAGCUUUAAUAACUUCUCCGGUGCUCGAUGAAUGUCGGUUCUUUUUUCGACUUUUCCUUUUCGCUCGAGUUGCUUUCCCCUACAUGCUUGCAGGAUUUGGAUUCUGGAGGGCUACUUAAGAGAAGCAUUGCUGAUUCAGCUUUGAAAUAAAUUUCAACCUACUUCAUGUAAGCUUGUUAAGGAACAAUGUGUGUUCUAGUGUAAUCCUUUGGUUGAUCAUGAGAAUGAAAGUAAUUUGUCAGAUUUCUCUGUCUU